GUGGAAGCACUUGUUGAGAUGCAGCCUCUUGUCAGCCUGGGCACUAAAGGAGGAUUGGAGUGGCUGAUGAAACAAGCCGGCAAAACUUGAAGUUGUGAUCAGAGAACAGAAUACUUGAAUUAGUGAUUUUGCAAGGUGGAACUGUAGGGAUAAGUGGAUGAGGCAGUCUGGAGGGUGAAGGCAGUCAGAAAUGAAGUGGUCAAGGAACUUGGAGACCUUCUGCGUCUCCGUAACCCCGAAGGCCUUAAUUUAUUGCAGCCUUGUUCAAUAGUGAUGAUCCUUGGACUUAAGGAAAUGGCUCUUAAAAUGUAAGUAACAGAUGCGGGUGAAAGAGCCAUCCAAAGCUUUACCUGAGAAAGCCAAAAGAAGUAGAAGGCCUACCAUACCUCAUGAUGAAGACUCUUCAGAUGACAUUGCUGUAGGUUUCACUUGCCAACAUGUAAGUCAUGCUAUCAGUGUGAAUCAUGUGAAAAAAGCAAUAGUUGAGAAUCUGUGGUCAGUUUGCUUGGAAUGUUUAAAAGAAAGAAAAUUCUAUGAUGGACAGCCAGUACUUCCUUCUGAUAUUUGGUUGUGCCUCAAGUGUGGUUUUCAGGGAUGUGGUAAAAACUCAGAAAGCCAGCAUUCACUGAAGCACUUCAAGAGCUGGAGAGCAGAGUUUCACUGUAUUAUAAUUAGUCUGAGCACAUGGAUCGUCUGGUGUUAUGAGUGCGAUGAAAAAUUAUCAACACAUUGUAAUAAGAAGGUUUUGGCUCAGAUAGUUGAUUUUCUCCAGAAACAUGUUUCUAAAACACAAACAAAUGCAUUUUCUAGAAUCAUAAAACUUUAUGAAGAAAAAUGUGAAACAGGUGAAAAAAAGGGAAGAAAAGACAGCAGUGUAACAUCUGUAAAAGGAAUUACAAAUUUAGGAAAUACUUGCUUUUUUAAUGCAGUCAUGCAGAAUUUGGCACAGUCUUACAUUCUUACUGAACUGAUGAAUGAGAUCAAAGAACACGGUACAAAACUCAAGAUUGUUCCUUCCUCAGACUCUCCGCUGGACCCAUUAGUGGUGGAACUUUCAAGCCCUGGACCAUUGACCUCAGCCUUGUUCCUGUUUCUUCACAGCAUGAAGGAGACUGAAAGAGGACCACUUUCUCCCAAAGUUCUUUUUAAUCAGCUUUGUCAGAAGGCCCCUGGGUUUAAAAGUUUUCAACAACAGGACAGUCAGGAGCUUCUUCAUUAUCUGCUCGAUGCAGUGAGGACAGAAGAAACAAAGCGAAUACAAGCUGGCAUUCUCAAAGCAUUUAACAACCCAACUACUAAAACUGCUGAUGAUGAAACUAGAAAAAAAGUCAAAGCAUAUGGAAGAGAAGGUGUGAAAAUGAACUUCAUAGAUCGUAUCUUUAUUGGUGAAUUAACUAGCACGGUCAUGUGUGAAGAAUGUGCAAAUAUCUCCACAGUAAAAGAUCCUUUUAUUGAUAUUUCACUUCCUAUAAUAGAAGAAAGGGUUUCAAAACCUGUACUUUUGGGAAGAAUGAGUAAAUAUAGAAGUUUACAGGACACAGAUAAUGGUCAAUACAGUGGCACUAUUACUAUAGAAAAUACUCAUCAACCUAGAGCCACCAAGAAGCAUUCUUCAUCUAAAGAUAAGAAUCAACUAAUUCAUGGCAAAAAACGUACAAGAAAAUUGUCAUCUGGAGAAGAUAAAGCUGUUGUCAUAUACCAGAAAAAUGAAAACCUUGAAAUGAAUAGAGACUCUUCAUUGUUCGCAAGCAUCGUGAACACUGAGUCGACUCUGACUGAAAGCCCUACCGACAGCAGUGAACAAGAAGCCAGCCUUUCUGAAAGUAGUGUUGAUGCUGACAGUGAGGCUUCAGAGUCUGAAAGUGCUCCUAAGCAGACUUUGUUGUUGAGACCCAGCAGUGGAUACUAUGUGCACACAAAUGGACACUUUCGCCCUCUUUCAGAGAGUGAACCACUCACCAAGGAGGGUGACGGUGGUGAUGAGGGUGUGGCUGAAGCUAUUUCUGAACUUCAUUUGAGCAGCACUGUGACUGGAGAUAGGGAUUUUGACAGAGAAAAUCAGCCACUAAACGUUUCGAAUAAUUUGUGUUUUUCAGAGGGCAGGCAUAUGGUGUCUUACAGCCCCCAAAAUGCUUUUCAGACCCUUUCUCAGAGCUAUAUAACCACUUCUAAAGAAUGUUCAAUUCAGUCCUGUCUCUAUCAGUUUACAUCUAUGGAAUUACUAAUGGGGAACAACAAGCUUCUGUGUGAGAACUGUACUGAAAAGAAACAGAAGUACCCAAAGGAAACCAGUUCUGCAGAAAAGAAAGCAGGAGGGGUUUAUACUAAUGCCAGGAAGCAAUUGCUCAUUUCUGCUGUUCCAGCUAUCCUAAUUCUCCAUCUUAAAAGAUUUCAUCAGGCUGGCUUGAGUCUUCGCAAAGUAAACAGACAUGUAGAUUUUCCACUGACGCUUGACUUAGCACCAUUCUGUUCUGCUACUUGUAAGAAUGUAAGUGUGGGAGAUAAAGUUCUGUAUGGUCUCUAUGGCGUAGUGGAACAUAGUGGCUCCAUGAGAGGAGGCCACUACACCGCUUACGUGAAAGUGAGAACACCCUCCAGGAAAUUACUGGAACAUAUCACUGGAAAGAAAAAUGUACCUGGUUUGAAAGAACCUGAUAGUGAAUCAGCAGGCCAGUGGGUCCAUGUUAGUGACACUUAUGUGCAGGUGGUUCCAGAAUCAAGAGCACUUAGCGCACAAGCGUACCUUCUUUUUUAUGAAAGAAUAUUAUAAUUAUUUGUUAAUUGUUAAUGGUGAUGAUUAUUUAGAUCACUUUUAUUUAAAUGCUGCAGCGAUAACCAUUAUAUGCAAUGUGCCUUUGUAGUCUUUUCUGUAGGAAUAGCAUGUCCCUCAAAUGCUCCUGAACAUGUUUACCAUUUUGGUGAAUCCUUUUAAAGUAAAUUAAAUUUACUAAAUGCUUUCAAAAUUAUAUUCUUAAAAUAAAUGUAAACACAUGUUUUUAAAAACAUAUUUGUCCUGGAAAAAAACCCCCAGAAUUUACAGUAGUAGAGGAAACUCCUUUAUAAUGUGUCUUAUUACUAUAAGCAUUCAGAAAUGAUGCUGGCUAAGUCAGAUCAUUCCUUAAAACAGUGUUUCCCAAAUGUGAGUCAAUACCACCUUUCUGUUUUCAUAUAUAUAUGUAUAUAUAUCUCC